AUGAGUCAAGAGCUAAAGGGUGUGAGAAGAAAAGUUGUUUCUAUGCUUAUAGCAAUUCUGCUCCUUUCUAAAAUUAAGGGCGGAGUGCUAGAUGUAUUUAUUGAGAAGGAUAUGGUGCUGGAGAGUGGCAGUAUAUCUGUGUGCGAAAAAGAAAAAAGCAAUGACAGCCCGGUAGAGAAGGAAGAGCCUAAGAACCUUCGAAGGUCUAAAAGGCUCUGGGAUAUUUCACAGAUAGAUGAAAACUCCACUGUCACUAGCGCAGAGUCUGCACAGAAGGAAUAUAUAACUCAGAAUGUGUGCGGGGGUAUUGUAAAGGAAAAUGCUUCAGUGAAAGAUGCAGCAACAGAGGACAAGGACGAAUAUAGCAGCAGCGAGGCCGAAGAUGCAUGGUCUGAUAGUAUAUCUGAAGACAUACAGCAGUGUUUAGAGGAGAUGGGCGCAGCUGAGGAAAGAUAUAGAGAGGAGGUAGGCAAGCUAAAGUCGGCCGAGCAGCUCGUUAUAAACUCAAGCAGUGCCAUUUACCACGCAAUGGGCGAAGAAAUGGCUAAUAUUUAUAUAAAGCUAAAAGAAGCUGUAAAGACAUACAAUGCAAAGUGCAAAGCAAUAAGCGAAGCACUGGAAAGGGUCUAUGAAUAUAGCAAGGCAGACAAUGGGAGUGUAGCUAUAUUAGCAUGCUCUGAGCCUAAUCAGCAUAUGGAGGAGGUUGAAGCACUCUUUUCUAAGGCCACUGCACUUAACCAAGCCAAGAAAGAGGCUGCUGCUGUGUAUAGAAAGCAAAAGAAUGAGAUGAUUCAAGCACAAAAAACAAGCAGGAACUCAAGGAAGUGCCAUCUGAAGUAUUUGGAAUUACAAGUAGAUCUUCAAAGAAAAAACCGGGUCAGAAUUGAAGAAGCACAGGCCUUUUUUCAGUGCAUAUACGACAUAGAAAGCACUUUAAGUGCAGCAGAGAAGGCGGCGUGCACUUGUGAAAAGGAAGAUCUUGGGCUAGAGAUUAAAACCGAAGAGGUACAAAAAGCAUAUGAAGACCUUCUGGGGAAUAUUGUAGAAGAGCUCAAAUGCAUGCACUCUGUGCAGGCAGAAUACAUGGCCAAAAGAGUUUUGAUAAAAGACGCGUAUGUAGCUCUAUACACUGUAGAUAGCGCAUAUUCUGUGCAGAAGAAGCGCACAGAAGAAGCAGAAAAAGCACUAGCUGCCGCAAAAGAGACCUUUGACAGAUGCAUUGGCAGUUAUUACUUUUAG